AUGAUCAAUUGGUUGCUCUUUUUUCCCGAUGAGACGCGUUGGAUAGUAGCGCUCCGUUUUACGCUUGUUUUAUUGGUUGCUGUUUUGUCCCUAUUUGUAUCUAUAUAUUCGUUUACAAAUAAAGUAGAUUGCACUGGUACAAUUGGAUCCUACCAGUUGGUCGUAUCGGGAGCCCUCAUUUUGUUUUGUUUUGCGGACUUUGUCGUCCACUCAAUUAAACACUACGCGAAGAUGUCGAAGAAGAUUCUCGGCUGUUCGUUUUUUAUCAUCUCCUUAAUUCUGCUCGUUAUUGCCGUGACGCUUCCAACAAUCCACUUUGAGGAUUAUAACACAUGCACUACAUUCCCCCACUGGUUGUUCUUAAUUGAGACGGUGGUAGUGGCCAGUUGCUAUAUUUAUAUCGCGAUCCAUGUUGUGUUGUUCAUUUACCACUUCAACCUCCGAACGCAGCUGAAUACAAUGAAUAUCGAAGAGAUGAGGAAUCACAUGAUUGAUCCUUCGCUCCUUCCUGCAAUAUACAAUAUCGAUUAUCUUCUCGGCUCUCACUCCGAAAUCCUGCUCAAAUCUUUCAUUCCGCAGCUGAAGAUCUAUAGACAGCGAGAGAGAAAAGAGCGGAGAGAGAGAAACAAGCCGAAAGGAAUCAUAGCCGCGAUGUCGAUCGAGAGCAUAGUGGUGCAGGACAGUCCGGAGGAGGAUGAUGAUUCUGUGGACUUAACGUGCCCAAUCUGCAUGUGCGAAAUGGGAGAGAAUGAGUACAUUUACAACAUCACUUGCCAUCACAUUUUCCACAUCGAUUGUUUGGAGCACUGGUAUAUGCGAAGAAACACAUGCCCCGUGUGCAAGCAGAAUAUCGAUUUUAUUGUCACGCUGGAGGACGAGUAUACGUUCAACCGAGAGGCGUAUGAGCGGUCCUUGAGAGAAACGUCUUCGAUGCAGGAAAGGAAACUAUCUUUGGAAAUGAAACAAUUUUGA